UAAGUUCAACCCUUUCUUCUGUUCUGGAUAUUAAAUUAUUUAUUCAUUUACUUAUUCUUUCAUCUCCAUUCAAUCCCAGAACCCCAUUCCCAUGCUUCUUCUCUAAUCUAGGGUUUUUGGCUUCCACUCGCAUUUGUUCCUCAUUUUCUCACCUUCAGUUUUACAUGCUUGGUUUGAUUGAUUUAUAACAAAAAACCCCCCCUUUAAAACUCCCUUAUUGACGAUCUAAUCAUAUUUUGAGGAUUAAAGAUCCAUCCUUUUUCUUUUCCGUACUUUUCUUUCUGUAUUUUCAUGUCAAUCCGGCUACAUAUUGGUAUUGCUUUAUCCUCAAUCGUGCCUUGAAUUGAUGUUCUAGUUCCCCGUGGAUUGAGAAAAAGAAGUGAUCUUUGUCGUAAAUCGUUGUGACGAAUGAAGCUGUUCGUUCGGGUCAUCGAGGCCCGGAACUUGCCUGCAACCGAUCCAAACGGUUUGAGUGAUCCGUAUGUUAAGUUGCAGUUGGGGAAGCAGAGGUUCAGGACCAAAGUGAUAAAGAAGUCCUUGAACCCAAAUUGGGGAGAAGAGUUCGGUUUGCGGGUGGAGGACCUUAACGAGGAGCUCGUCAUCUCUGUUCUGGAUGAGGAUAAGUACUUCAAUGACGACUUCGUUGGGCAGAUUCGAGUCCCAGUUUCUAGGGUCUUUGACACCGACCAUAAAUCUCUUGGUACCUCGUGGUACUCUCUGCAGCCCAAGAAUAAUAAGAAGUCCAAGACCAACAGGGACUGUGGUGAAAUUCUUCUGAGUAUAUAUUUUUCUCACUAUACUUCAAUGGUGGACUUGACUAGCAAUCACGCUUCACUGAUGAAGCAUGCGGAAUCAGGGAAUGAAUCUCCCUCUAGGUCUAGCAAUCGUGCUUCACUGAUGAAGCAUGCAGAGUCCGGGAAUGAAUCUCCCGCUAGGUCUUUCAGUGGUCCAUUAAGUUCCACUUAUUCGGUGAAAUCAGAAGAUCUUCCAUCCUCUAAGGAAGAGAAGUCUUCUUCUCAAAAAACUUUUACUGGUCGAAUUGCACAGAUAUUUAUCAAAAAUUCAGAUUCAGAUACCUUGUCAACCACUGAUGCAAGAGCCAAUGACGCUCCUGAGCUACCUGAAAUUUUGGAAUCUGAGAUUUCAGAUGACAAGACUGACGAUCAGUCCUCUUCCACUUCCUUUGGAGAUGCAAUGAAGGCAAUGGAGUCUAGAGACGAGGGAAGUGAACUGCCAAGCGAUUUACCAGGGGGUGUUUUUGUAGACCAGUUGUAUGGAAUUGCAACCCAAGAGUUAAACGCUCUACUUUUCUCACCUGAGUCAAGUUUCCCCGGAUCAUUGGCGGACUUCCAGGGAAAUACGGAAUUGCAAAUUGUGCCUUGGAAGUUUGAUGAUAGCAGUGGCAGCUUUAAAAGAGUGAUCAGUUACAUAAAGGGUCCAACCAAAUUGCUUAAGGCUACGAAAGCCACUGAGGAGCAAACCUAUCUAAAAGCCGAUGGGAAAUCUUUUGCUGUUUUUGCAAGCGUGAGCACUCCAGAUGUUAUGUAUGGGAGCACUUUUAAGGUUGAACUGCUCUACUGCAUUACACCUGGUCCUGAACUACCAUCAGGAGAAGAAACUUCCCAUUUGGUAGUGUCUUGGCGAAUGAACUUUUUGCAGAGCACCAUGAUGAAGGGUAUGAUAGAAAAUGGAGCACGGCAAGGCCUGAAGGAUAACUUUGAGCAGUAUACAACUUUAUUAUCUCAAACUGUGAAGUUAGUUGACCCCAAGGAUAUUGGCACUGAUAGGGAGCAGCUUUUGGCUUCCCUGCAGGCAGAGCCUCAAUCGGACUGGAAACUGGCAGUACAGUAUUUUGCUAACUUCACUGUAGUUUCCACAAUGUUUAUAGGAUUAUAUGUGUUCAUCCACAUGUGGCUAGCAACCCCCAGCACUAUCCAGGGGCUUGAGUUUGUUGGACUUGACUUGCCCGAUUCAAUUGGUGAAUUUAUUGUGUGUGGUGUCUUGGUGCUUCAAGGCGAGCGGGUGCUUCAGAUUAUAUCACGUUUUAUGCAGGCUCGAGCUCAAAAAGGCAGUGAUCAUGGUGUAAGAGCACAAGGAGAUGGGUGGCUGCUAACUGUUGCUUUGAUUGAGGGAAGUAAUCUUGCAGCUGUUGAUUCAAGUGGUUUUUCUGAUCCAUAUGUGGUGUUUACUUGCAACGGGAAAACUAGAACGAGCUCAAUCAAAUUCCAGAAGCCUGAUCCUCUUUGGAAUGAAAUAUUUGAAUUUGACGCGAUGGAUGAGCCUCCUUCGACGUUGGACGUGGAAGUGUAUGAUUUUGAUGGACCCUUCGAUGAAGCUUCUUCUUUGGGACAUGCUGAAAUCAAUUUUGUUAAAUCUAAUAUAUCAGAUCUAGCAGAUGUUUGGGUUCCUCUUCAAGGGAAAUUGGCACAAGCAUGUCAGUCAAGGCUGCACUUAAGAAUCUUAUUGAACAAUACACGAGGUAGCAAUGUCGUUGUAGAGUACUUAAGUAAGAUGGAGAAAGAGGUUGGCAAGAAGAUAUCAUUGCGAUCACCUCAGACGAAUUCUGCCUUUCAGAAGUUAUUUGGGCUUCCACCAGAAGAAUUUCUCAUUAAUGAUUUUACUUGUCACUUGAAACGAAAAAUGCCCUUGCAGGGCCGUCUAUUUUUGUCACCAAGGAUCAUAGGAUUCCAUGCAAAUUUGUUUGGACAUAAGACAAAAUUCUUUUUCCUCUGGGAAGACAUUGAAGAAAUUCAAGUUGUUCCUCCGACACUGGCCUCAAUGGGUAGUCCAGCUAUUGUUAUUACUCUCCGAAAAGACAGAGGAAUGGACGCAAGGCAUGGUGCUAAGGCACUAGAUGAGGAAGGCAGGCUUAAAUUCCAUUUCCAGUCUUUUGUUUCAUUCAACGUAGCACAUAGAACAAUCAUGGCCUUAUGGAAGGCCAGAUCUCUGAGUCCCGAGCAGAAGGUGCAAAUAGUCGAGGAAGAAUCAGAAACCAAAAGCAUCCAAACUGAGGAGAGUGGGACCUUCUUGGGUGUUGAAGAUGUCAGCAUGUCCGAGGUUUUCUCUUCUGCACUUCCUGUUCCUAUAAAUUUCGUCAUGGAGUUGUUCAAUGGAGGUGAAUUAGAGCGUAGAAUUAUGGAAAGAGCUGGGUGUCGUAACUAUUCUUACACCCCAUGGGAGUUGGAGAAGGGUGAUUCGUAUGAGAGGCAAAUAUAUUACAGGUUUGAUAAGAGCAUCUCCCGUUAUAGAGGAGAGGUGACAAGUGCACAGCAAAAAUCCGCUCUUCCCGAUCGGAAUGGUUGGCUUGUGGAAGAGGUCAUUACCCUUCAUGGAGUUCCACUUGGUGACUAUUUUAAUCUUCACUUAAGAUAUCAAAUUGACGAUUUACCCUCAAGAUUGAAUCACUGUCAUGUACAUGUAUUCUUUGGAAUUGCUUGGGUUAAAAGUGCGAAGCAUCAGAAAAGGAUUACAAAAAACAUCCUCACGAGUCUGGAAGACCGCCUCAAAGUAAUGUUUAGUCAAGUUGAGAAGGAAUUUGCAGCAAAAUAGUCAAUGGAUUGCGUCCCUGCACAGCGUUGGCAUGAUUGGGAAGCUGGUGUUUAGUUGCAGCUCUGGUAAAUUCUAUGCCCUCCAUACCUUGUUCUCGAACGAGUUUGAUAUGGAUACCUUGUACUGCAUUCCACUGCUGCGAGAUCUAACACCAGUGUUGUACCCUUGGUUUGCGUUACGAGUUUGAGGCCAUGAAGUCUAAAAGGAUGCAAGCUUCUCCGCGAGUGCCAACGGGGUGAUGGGGAAAAGUUGCUGGGGAUGUUCUUUAACUUGGAAUUUAGGAAUUGAAUGUAGGACUCAUUUUGAUUCAUUUUAUGCUUACAGAGACUUAGAUGCAAUCCUGACAAUAUGAUGAAUAUUAUAGGGAUGAAUGUUUUUCACUGAAAGACUUGUAGAAAUUGAUGUGUAUCUCCUUGGGAGGUUUUGUAAGGCAGAAGAUGUUGUAAAUCCCAAGAUUAAAUGCCUUUUGUGUGUACAAGAAUUAUAGAUAAAGAAGAUAACAUAUGUUCUUGCCUUGCAUGAAUGAACAAGUGUGCUUUCAAUUCA